AAUCCCAGCAUGCUGUGCGCCGGCCCUGGACGGAAGCCGGAAGUGUUGGGGCUUCCGGUUGGUGUCCCACUCGUGGUGUGCGGUCGUGUAUCUCAGGCAAAGCAUGGCUAAAAGCUUGCGGAGUAAGUGGAAAAGGAAGAUGCGCGCUGAGAAGAGAAAGAAGAAUGCGCCAAGGGAACUUAACAGACUCAAAAGUAUUCUCAAAGUUGACGGUGAUGCUUUAAUGAAAGACGUUGAAGAAAUAGCCACUGUGGUGGUACCCAAACAUUACCAGGAGAAAAUGCAGUGUGAUGUGGCCGUGGAUGAUGAAAAGGAUGACAUGAAAAUGGAAACUGAAAUUAAGAGAAACAAAAAGACUCUUCUAGACCAGCAUGGCCAGUACCCAGUAUGGAUGAACCAGAGGCAAAGAAAAAGACUGAAGGCCAAGAGAGAAAAGAAACGGGGAAAAAGCAAAGCAAAGGCCGCCAAGGGCCUGGCCUGGUAGACUCUUAAAGACUGGAAAGGGAGGCAGACGUGCUGGUGCACCCCUUUAACCCCAGCACUCAGGGGGCGGAGGCAGGUGGAUCUCUGAGUUCGGGGCCAGCCUGGUCUACAGAGUAACUCUAGAGAAACCCUGUCUUGAAAAAAACAAGCAAACAAACAAAAAUCCAGAAGCUAUUUGUUUUCAUAUUUUAGUUUGGACUUAGUUCUAUAAUUCAAAACCAAAAUAACUCCUUUGUUUUGGGAACUUGAAUAAAAUAUCUUUGAUAAAAGGUUACGUGAAGUUGUGAUUGGAUACUGCCUGAUAUUGAGUAUUGUCAGACACCUCAAUCUUGUGAGCAUGAGUCCGGUUAUUUGAUGUUACAAAACGGCCAUUAUACUCAGUGCCUCAGAGUAAGCGUACUUCUAUCAACAGAGUUUGGACAGAAAGCUUGAGAUCGUCAUAUUAAAAAAUAGGGUAUCAAGGGGCUCAGGAGGACUCAACCUCUGUUUGUUGGGUGGGUGACUGAAAACCAGUUCCCAGGGAUGUGCCCUCUUGUGGCCUUCACUGGCACCCCCUCAUUCACAUGCACAAGCUUCCCACCCACUAAUAACUGAAAGUCUACAAAGGACAUCGGUGGACUUUACAAGUGGUGCUUACUUGAAUUGCUUAUUUUUGAUAAUUCAUAAUAAACUAUAUUUUGUGUGGA